AUCUAGGAAGAAGUCAGAUUUGGCCAGAUGUAUUCUAUAUCUGAGGUAGUGUGAUCCAGCGUCUGGGACAUUGGGUUGGAAAAUUGAGCUAAUAAUAAUAACCUUUCUUCAUGGUGGAGCACUUUUAGAUCUCAUAAUCAACCAUGACUACAGAAUCGGGAUCAGACUCUGAAUCCAAGGAUCAGGACCAAGACCAGCAAGAAGCCCCUGCUCAGCAAGGGACAGCUGGGGCACAACCUCAAGACCACCAGCAGCAGCAGCUCAGUGAGGAACAUCAGAACGCGAUAGACCAGUUCUCUGCUGUGGCAGCACACAGUACCCCUGUGAAAAAAGAGCAGGUCACUGACAGAGAACGGGAGUUUGCUGCUGCUGCUGCAAAACAGCUGGAAUACCAGCAGUUUGAAGACGACAAGCUCUCUCAAAAAUCAUCGUCUAGCAAACUCUCCAGAUCUCCUCUAAAGAUUGUUAAAAAGCCGAAAAACAUGCAGUGCAAAGUGAUGCUCCUGGAUGGCUCUGAAUAUGGAUGUGAAGUGGAGAAACGUUCCAGAGGUCAAAUAUUGUUUGACAAAGUAUGUGAACAUCUAAAUCUUUUGGAAAAGGACUACUUUGGGCUAACAUACAGAGACAUGGAAAACCAAAAGAACUGGUUGGACCCUGCAAAGGAAAUCAAAAAGCAGAUCCGAAGUGGUGCUUGGCAGUUCUCCUUUAAUGUGAAAUUCUACCCUCCAGAUCCUUCCCAGCUGUCUGAAGAUAUUACCAGGUACUACCUCUGCUUGCAGCUGAGAGAUGACAUAGUGUCUGGACGGCUGCCUUGUUCUUUUGUUACUCUUGCUCUUUUGGGGUCCUAUACCGUUCAGUCGGAACUUGGAGAUUAUGAUCCUGAUGAAUAUGGAAGUGAUUAUGUCAGUGAAUUCCGGUUUGCACCAAAUCAUACUAAAGAACUGGAAGACAAAGUAAUCGAGCUGCACAAGAGCCACAGGGGAAUGACACCUGCAGAGGCUGAGAUGCAUUUCUUGGAGAAUGCCAAAAAACUAUCCAUGUAUGGAGUGGAUCUACAUCAUGCCAAGGAUUCUGAAGGAGUUGAAAUCAUGUUAGGGGUUUGUGCCAGUGGUCUCUUAAUAUAUCGAGACAGACUCAGGAUAAAUAGAUUUGCCUGGCCAAAAGUUCUGAAAAUUUCAUACAAGAGGAACAAUUUCUACAUCAAAAUCCGACCAGGAGAGUUUGAACAGUUUGAAAGCACUAUUGGGUUUAAGUUGCCAAAUCAUCGUGCUGCAAAGCGUUUAUGGAAAGUAUGUGUUGAACAUCACACGUUUUUCAGGCUGUUGUUACCAGAGGCACCGCCAAAGAAAUUCCUUACACUGGGUUCCAAGUUCCGCUACAGUGGAAGAACACAAGCCCAAACCAGACGAGCUAGUGCACUAAUAGACCGUCCUGCACCUUACUUUGAGCGUUCUUCCAGCAAACGUUAUACUAUGUCUCGCAGCUUAGAUGGGGCAUCAGUGAAUGAAAACCAUGAAAUGUACAUGAAGGAUUCUAUGUCUGCUGCAGAGGUUGGUACUGGCCAGUACGCCACAACAAAGGGCAUCUCUCAAACCAACUUGAUAACCACUGUGACUCCAGAGAAAAAAGCAGAGGAAGAAAGAGAUGAGGAAGAGGGCAAAAAAAAAGGAGAGGAAAUCACUCCAGUCUCUGCAAUACGCCAUGACACGAAGUCAUCUUUGCUUGGCACUGAUUCAUUUCAUUCCUCAUCAACCUCACAGUCUGGUCCCCCUGUAUCUUCAACAAAGCUUCGUAGGAGAUGUAAGGAGAAUGCUCAAAACCCAUUAAGUUAUGAGUCAUCUAAAGACAUUAUGCAAAUGCACGGUGAGUCUGACUUAGACUCUGAUAGAAAAGGAAGAGUUUGCUCUGCUGAACAAGACAUGGCGUUUAGCUAUAAGCAAAAAGCUGGUAACGGCGGAACACUGUUUUCCUUCUCCUUGCAACUUCCAGAGUCAUUUCCUGCUCUCCUGGAUGAUGAUGGCUAUCUUUCCUUCCCUAACCUCUCUGAAACCAACUUCCUGCCUGAAAGUGUGCAGCAUUACCUUCCCAUCCGAUCACCAUCCCUUGUGCCUUGUUUCCUUUUCAUAUUUUUCUUUCUGCUGUCUGCCUCGUUCUCAGUGCCAUAUGCUCUCACUCUCUCCUUUCCUCUGGCUAUGUGCCUCUGCUACCUGGAGCCCAAGGCGGCCUCCUUGAGUGCCUCACUUGACAAUGACCUGAGUGACAGUUCAGAGGAAGAGACGGACAGUGAACAGACGGAUACUGCAGCUGAUGGUGAAACUACUGCCACAGAGUCGGAUCAAGAGGAAGAUGGAGAUCUCAAGGCACAGGAGCUAGACAAAAAUCAAGAAGACCUGAUGAAACACCAGACCAAUAUAAGUGAACUGAAACGAACUUUCUUGGAAACCUCCACAGACACUACAGUGUCUAACGAAUGGGAGAAGAGGCUUUCGACAUCUCCAGUUCGACUUGCUACAAGACAGGAGGAAGCUCCUAUGAUUGAACCACUUGUGCCUGAAGAGACCAAAGAAGAGAGAGAAAAAUCUGAAAAACUUAUAUUUUUGCAGAAGGGAAGUACUACAUUCCUGGAGUCGCAGCCAAGGGAGAUAGAGAAGAAGCUGCAGGAAGGAGAAUCUGCUGGCACUGUUGUUACUUCUCAUCAAAUCAUUUUCCAGAAAAGUGUUCCAUCAUCCUUAGAGGGCACUGAGGAUUGGGUUAUUGUAGACAAAAUACCUACUGAGGUAGUUGAUGGUGAAUCGAAAAAAAUUGUGACAUACAAAGUAAUGACUGUGCGCAGUAAAACUGGUGACAUUCCACCUGAGAUAUUAAAAUCCAGUACCAUUGAAAUGCAAAGCUUUGAGGACUUGGAAAAUGAAAUACAAUCAAAAGAGGAGAAUAAACAGAAAAUGUACACCUUAGGAAAGUCCUAUGACACUGUAUCCGGGAAAAUUGUAACCAUGACAAGUAAAGCUAAAGAGGGAGAGAAAACAGUGCAGUCAUCACUAGAAGCAUUUCAAAAAAUGGAGAGGGGAAUGCCAGAAUCUGUGAAAAUCAUUCCAGUAGUGGCUGAAUAUGAAAUUCUAGAGCCCAUCACAGACGAAAAAGCAAGGAGGGGAUCCGAUGUACAGAGUACAAAAAGAAAGCUGUCCGAAUCUUUGACACCUAUAAAGGAAGCAGAGUCUCAGUUGCAUAGUCCUGAAGAGGAAAGUUUGAAGAAAGCACAAAAGAUGGACCAGGAUUUUCAUGGUGCACUGGGAAGCUUGCAGUUUGGCAGAGCUGAAAAACACCUUGACAGUGAAGCUCUGAAAGCAGGGGCAUUUGGUCGGAAAGAUAAGAGCCUGUCUGAGUGGAGAUAUUCCAGAGAACAGCCAUUUACCAUUGCUACUGCUCACUAUGUUUCUGAGUCGUCUGCAUCAAGAGUAGUGACUAAACAGUCCUCCAGUGAAAAAACCUUGGAUGGUUCAGAUAUCUUCAGUUUAUUAGAGUCUGCAAGAAAACCAACUGAGUUCAUAGGAGAGGUUACUUCUACUUCACAUAGCAGGGCUCAGAAAACGGAAACAAAGACCAGCCAGGAGAUAAGUGUCAGCGAAAUGAAGGAAGAGAUUCAGCCAUAUCAGGAUUCAGUGAAGAAGGUUGUGCAGGACACUGUACUGGUCGAGGAGAGAUAUGUGACGAAUGUGCAUGCAAGUGGGGAUGCUGUUAAAUUGGCUGGAGAUCAGCUGGAUGCUAUGGCACAGGCAGUAUCUGCUGUUGCUUCUAGUAUGAAAGGAAAGGAGGGUUCAGCUGUGACUGAGGGGGCUAAAGAGGAAAAAAGGGAGGAGGCUGAUAAAGCUGUAACCAAGCGGGAAGAAAUUGCUGCUGCUUCUCAUCAGCAAGAGGAGGAGCAGAGUGCAACAGUCCACGUUUCCGAUACAUUGGAAAGAAAACCUCAUUUUGAGUCACCAGUUGUGAAGACUGAAACCAUCAGCUUUGGCAGUGUUUCUCCAGGUGGGGAGAAGCUUGAAAUGUCUACCAAGGAAGUUCCCAUAGUUCAUACAGAAACAAAAACCAUUACAUAUGAAUCAUCACAGGCAGAUUCUGGUGCUGACUCAGAGCCAGGUGUGUUGAUGAGUGCACAGACCAUCACAUCUGAAACUACCAGUACUACAACUACUACACAUAUCACAAAAACUGUGAAGGGAGGCAUUUCAGAGACAAGAAUUGAAAAACGAAUAGUCAUCACAGGAGAUGCAGAUAUUGACCAUGAUCAGGCGCUGGCUCAGGCAAUUAAAGAGGCCAAAGAGCAGCACCCUGACAUGUCAGUGACCAAAGUAGUGGUACAUAAAGAGACAGAAAUCACACCAGAAGAUGGGGAGGAUUGACCCACAGGAAUAAUUUAGCUUGCAUACGAAUCCAGUCAUGCACACCCUUAGGAAUACCAGAGCCUAUAUGGAGUCUCAGUUCUAACCUGACUGACUUGUAUCUGUCCAUGGAAAAUUUCAGUACCGAAGAAUUGAUCGUAAAUGCUAAUAAAGACACUGGCAGAGAUAUUUUCCCGUAUAAAGCAAUCUGAAUCAGCAUCAGUAAAACAAUAUUGCAUGAAGCAAAGAUAAAUUUACAGAAAAGCAGCAUUUUAAAUUUUCAUUAUAUCUAAGUUUUCAGCUAUACCUGCACGUUCAUAAACAAUAUAAACAGUGAUCUAAUGUAACACAUAAACAGUUCAUGCCUUUCACAUUUUAUUAAAUCUAAACAUACUAAAAUUUGUUAGGUGGCAAACCUUUUGUUUAUGGAUUCUGUAACUGAAGAUUACCCUAAACUGCUAGAAGCUGUAUAGGUACUAUGUAUAAUGUUUUAUCACACAUUAGAUGUGCCAAUAACACAGUUUAUACAGGAAACAAUUUGAAUCUUGUAUUUGUUUUAUCUGGUUUUAUUACUGUUGCCUGAUUAAAAAAAAAAGAUGAAUCUCUAAUCUUAUCAAAAUAUUUAAAUUCUUACAAAAUGUGCUUUGCAUACCUGAUUUAAUACCUUGUGAGGUAGUAAAGAUUUCAGCACAUUUACUUGACUUUAAGAUUUUUUGUCAGCUUUGUUCAGAGUUAAAGACAGAAAGUUUCCAGUCACCCUUCAGAAGUUCUAACCCUGUAAAUUAUAUGUGGUUAUUUUGGAGAAAGUCUGUAUUUUCCUUAGUUUAUAGUGUUACAAAAUUAUUACUCUGAAAUAACCUUGAUGGUUUUUUAUUGACUUCCCUUUUGUUCUCAGAGAAAAAAAUGCUUCAUUUCAGAAUCUGGUCAGCACCAUUUAUGAUCUAGUUCAGAGCCAAGCCUUAAAAUGUACAGAACAUCCACCGAAAACUCAUUAGUGUUCCGUUAUAAUGUCCACUGAAGGGAUAUAGUCUCCAUUACACUCUCAGCUGCGUCACAACACAUGGUGAAUGUAUGUUUCUGCAUAGUGAAAUAAAAGUGGUAAAUGCA